UUCAACUUUUAUAAUGCCCAAGCAAAAUGCAAAUUCUCUCAUUAUUGUGAUCAGUUUUCCACACUGAUUGUGAAAAAAUCUGCAUGAAAUCACAAUGAGACGCUCAGCUGCACCUAGCCAGUUAGGGAAUGCUGCCAAGAAAAGACGCUUCACCACUCCUUUUUUAUCUGUCCGUGAAAAUCAGCAGGAUGGGGUCCCAACAACAGGAAAUGAUGUCAGAGCAGAUAACACAGCGGUUGACACUGAAAAUAAGGAUAAAUCUCAUAAUUCUGAGCGAAGCAAAACUGAGAUUCUAUCCCUGAUCAAAAAAUCUCCAUUAUGUACAAAGCCACUGAACAGCAGCGUUUUAAGGCCUACACAUAGAACACAACAGAACAAUCAAGUACCAUCAUCGAAAAAUACGUUACAAUACAAAAAACAUCUUGAAUUGACAGAAAAUAUUGAGAAACUGGAAAAGGAAAGAGUUUGUGAAGCUAUCAACGAUGUCGUUGAUGAUGACACAACACCACCUGAUGAGCAAGAUGACAUAAACUCUAAAGAAGAUUUAACUGAUACCAACAGUGCAAAGAAUAAUGCUGGUGCUCAUAUAGGUAGCUUUGAUAUAGUUGAUUCAGAAUUUCUUGAUGAUCCCCCAGAUAUUUUAACUCCAGAUAUUUCAAACUCAGAUAUUUCAAAAACAGAAUUAAAACCUAUUGGUUUAUUAACUGAUGACUUUGACCAUCUAAAUAAGUUGCCAAGUGAUUCUCCAUAUGUCAGUGAUAAAAAUGGAAAUACAUUUGUCCAAAAUGGAAUCCCUCAUCUGCCAAACCAAAAGCCAUCACG